AUGGCCCGUGAUUUGCCGGGCUUUGUGGCCAAACGAGUGAACCAGCUGCGUGCGAAGCCUGCCCUUAUCUCCAUCGUAGACACCACGGACACUGUGGACCAAGCCAACGCGAGGCGAACCUACCCAAGUCUUCCCCACCCAAUCAACAGAGGUUCCGCCCUCAUUCGCGGUACGCAACUUAUUGAGCUAACGUCGAACCGCCCUCCAGGCCAUGGAACGCAGGUGUUCCCAAAUCCACCCUACGAUCUCGGGUUGCAGACCGUCAGCAUGCUC